CAGAUCAGCGCUUUCCAACUUCAGCCUCUCAUCAGCACCAAGGACAGCAGCCGCUGCAGCACUGUAUCACUAUGGCAGAGACUCACCUGCAAGGAGUGGAAAUCUCAGCCUCGCAGUUUCUGGACAUCUUCCGUCAUUAUGACAGCGAUGGAAAUGGGUUCAUCGAAGGGAAAGAACUGCAGAACUUUAUUGAAGAGUUCCUGCAAGCUCGGAAGAAAGCAGGGCUGGAUUUAUCUGACAAAAUGAAAGCCUUUGUGGAGGAGUAUAAACACAACAGUGAUGGAAAGAUUGGAAUAGUAGAGCUCGCCCAGAUCUUACCGACCGAGGAGAACUUCCUGUUAUUCUUUAGACAGCAGCUGAAGUCAAGCGAGGAGUUUAUGCAGACAUGGCGGCGGUAUGACACUGAUCACAGCGGCUAUAUAGAAAAUGAAGAGCUUAAGAGUUUUCUUAAAGACUUGUUAAAAAAGGCGAACAAACCAUACGAAGAAGCAAAACUGGACGAAUACACACAAACAAUGCUCAGAAUGUUUGAUACAAAUAAUGAUGGAAAAUUGGGACUUACAGAGAUGGCAAGAUUACUGCCAGUGCAAGAAAACUUUCUACUGAAAUUCCAGGGAGUCAAGAUGUGUGGCAAAGAAUUUAAUCAGGCCUUUGAAUUAUAUGACAAGGAUGGCAGUGGCUAUAUAGAUGAAAAUGAAUUGGACGCCUUGCUGAAAGAUCUCUGCGAAAAGAAUAAAAAGGAUCUAGACAUUAACAGCAUUCCAACAUACAAGAAAAGCAUCAUGGCCUUAUCAGACGGAGGAAAGCUGUACAGAACGGAGUUGGCUCUAGUCCUUUGUGCCGAUGAAAACUAAACAACUCACUCUAUCUUCCACUAACUGUAUCCAAUGGGCUCUAGAUAAAAAUAGUCUCUUAGUACUUUUUUAUCUGUAAAUCUAAUUGCAUAUAGAAUAUUAGCCAGAAUGUGCUGCAACUUUUUUUUUUCCUUUUUAAUUUGGUUUGUUUCUAUACUGUUUGUAAUGUACAGUUUUUGUAACUAUAAAGGGAGUAAAAACAGAGAAUGUCUUUGUUAGAGAUGGAAUGUAUAUUUGUGAAAAGACAUAAAGGGGGACUAUGCGCUAACAUAUAUUUUUUAUUUGCAAGUAACAGGUUAUAUGAAAACAAAACAGGUAUAUGUUAGCAAUCCCUGGAAGUAGAGGCAAACCACGGUUCUUAUAUUGUUGUUGGACCACAAGGCCCAGCGUGCCCUACCCGUCAAAGGCUGUGAGGCUGAUCACAAGAUGUUGCAAAGAUACUACUGUCAUUAUUCAAGGUUAUUAGGGGACGAUGUCAGUUUUAUCUUAUCAGCAAAUACCUUUAAGUACAAGAUGGUAAAUUUAAGGUCUGAUUUUCAAAUAGGCUGGAUACGAGGCAAUACUUAUGCCCGGCACAGUCGAACCAUUACACUGAUUUAUUAUGUAGCGGAUCCAACGGAUCUGAGGCAGUAGAUUUACAAUCUGCAGCUGUUUGGGCAUAGGGGUCAAUGGCCUCCCCUUUGGGGGGAUGCCGAGGCCAAGAUCACCGCCGGAAGAUGGAGAUUUCCUGGCCUCUUUGUAGGAACUGCGGCAGCCAGCUUGCGUGAACCCAUGGGUCACUCAAGGAAAUCAUACACGUGAUCACUAAUGCAAGCAGGAGGCAUCUACUUAUAUCAGACGCCUCCUGCUGCAAUAUAGUACAACACUGCUGCUUCCAAGUAAGCACCUGAAUUAGGCCAAUGUAUCACCUUACUGUAAUCAGACCCCUUAAACAUCUGUUCCCAGUCUUUGAGACUAAAGGUUCUAAAAAUUAAGUCCGUCCUAAUAAUGUACAUUUUUUGAAAAGAUAUAUGGAAUUUUUAAGACAAAACAGCACCUACCUUAUUAUUGUAUGCAAUAUACAGUAUUAAUAACGCUGAGCGAGCGCUGUAAAAAUGAACUGUAAAAUAUAUACACUUCUUGUCUUGUAUCCCAGUUGCAAACAGAACGAUAUAGAUAAUACUGGGGGGGUUUUGUGCUUCUUCCUUUUUUAUCUUCUUUUGCUCCAGGUUGACUUGCCCUUUCUUUCGAAGGCAAUUAACAAAUAAUGUAAUCACUACAAAUUAGGGGGGAAUUCAGUUGCAGUGAUUUACAGCCGGCUAAUUGAUCCCCCGAGACUAUACAGUUAGUCCCCAAAGUCAGCCGAUAACACUGCACUUAUCAGGGAUUUCUUUUCGCAUCUGAACAGACGCGGAAAAAAAUCCUGAUAACUAGCAGGAUAAUGGGUGCCGUGAACCUGUUAUCUCAUAGAUCUGUGAACCUUUCUCGGAUUCUGUGUGUUAACACCCAUUAACACGUGUUGACACGUAAAGUUAAAGGGAGUUAAAAAGGGGACUGGGUGAAAAAGGGUCUGGAUUUGAAUAGCCCCAGGAUAUAAAGCCCAAGGCUACCCCCCUUUUUCACCCCAGUUAACUUAACGGGGCUAAUUGAAUUCCACCCUUAAUAGAGAUUAUUAUCUGCUCCUAAUAAUUUAUACUUGGGAUAGUAAAUCUCCAAUUUCACUUUCUUUUGCUGAAAUUUUAAGCAAAUACCCAGUGAAUAUGCUUAUAACACCAUGAUUAAAAAUAACAUAGAGGCAUAUGUUCUUGUAUUCUUAGAUAUAUUCUGUUUGCCUCGAUUUUGAGGUGGGGGUCUCUGAAACCAUUGCAGGUACUGUAAUUUUUCUGUAUGUGUAGAAUGUUUGAGGCAGGGCUGAUGUACCCGAACCUAAGUGCCCUUCUGAGUCUGAGUGACUUCUCCACCUGUCCUCUUUAGAAGGUUUGAUAUUACUUAUAAUGAGAAUGCAUGGACAGGUGUAUUAGGUGAGUUGUGGGGACACCCUUGAACAGGGGUAAAGUGAUGAAUAGGGUGAGAAUAUAUCUGUGCCAGCACUCCCUGCAGCUUAGAGCAUAUGUCCCAAACACUGAUGCAGCUACUGUAGUUUAGCCCUGGUUGGAAGAGACGCUAGGAUGCCAGCCCACUCUGCUCUUAGUCACUUUUGCUCAGAAUGCAGCUGACAUUAUUAAAGUACUGUAGGAAUAGAAAGGCUUGCAGAGACUUCUUCACUUUUUUCUUUAGAAGGUUAGAUACAUUUCCCCUUUAGUAGUCACAUCUUUCCCUGCGGUCCCCCACACUGAGCUCCUCCGACCAUGUGGAUUCAAAUAAAAUACACCCACUUUAUUAGUAGGGAAGAGGUGGCAUGAAUACAGCCAGUAAGCUACUUAACACGUACCCUACCACUGAUUGUGGCCUGGUGAUGUAAUAGUGCCGCAAUUCCAGCCUUCGCCGACACAGGACACCGGCAGUGUCAUACACAGAACUGAGACAGACAUUCUGCCCCUCUGCCUGUGACCCCUCCCACUUGCUCCACACAGGGACACAUCACUCCUGAGGAGGAGCACCCAGCACCUUUACACUGGCCCUGGGUACGGUCCAUUACUGACCAUUAUAAGGAAGAAUGAAAGGAUGACAAAGCCUUCACCCAGAUUUUGCCAGGCGUGUGCUUGCUUACUCUGCCUGUCUUGCUACUGAUGGAUAGAGGCUUUAGAAUAGCCAUUAGAGUUCAGACAGACCAGUGACAGCCAUGUAAAGCUCCUGGGUGCUCAUAAAAUCCUAAAAUAUUUUUAAAUAUGAAGACACAAUUUGGAAAAUGAGUGUUUAGUAAAUGAGAAGCAUUAUAUAUGGUGUCCCCAUUAAACUUACAAAAUGAAUAUGGGUAUAGUUAGCCCAAUUUAUACCUGUGAUUUUACAGGUCAUAUUAUUGUUAUAAAAAUAUAAUUGUCUCAUUGCAACUGUUGAAAGAGUCACGCGGACAUUAUAGCCAAUACAUUAUGGGGAAUAUAGGAUACAUAAAAGAGAUAAUCAACAUGCAUACGGGGCUAUUUUAGUAUAUUACCAGAGAAUAUAUUUUACAACUGUGUCUAUCAUGCUUGUAACAAACUUUAGAUUUUCAGUUAGAAACAGUUUAAGGUUCUGCAUGUUGAAAGUGUUUGAAAGAAGAAUAGUGCCGCCACCCUGUCUGCUAAAGCAGGACCAGUACUCACACAGCAUCACUUAGAUUAGCAGGCAGAAUGUAUUAGAAUCCUAUUAUACGUUUUGGCCAGUGGGAUAUUAAACCAUGAAAGUGUAUGUGCCAACAGAAGAGCUGACUGUAUUAUAAUAACUGAUGUUAAAUGAAAUAUGGCAGCUCCCAGUGUUCCCGGGCUUCGGGAGUUUGUGUACGGGAGCAUAGGGGGAAAAAUAAUUUCAUUAACACUAAUUCACAUUAGGCAUGUACAGUCCCAUUAAUAAAGAUACUGUGUAAAUGCAUCUCACACACAAUGUGCAGUUGAGUUACAUGAAUCAAUUUUCUCUGUGAUUUGCAUUGAUCUGCAGGUUGUAACAAUUAUCCUAGCGGAACCGAUGUUUUACACCAUGUCCUCUGUAUCCUGAAAUUAAAUUUCAAUGCACAAAA